UCCAUCCUUCUGUAACCAGUGUAACGAAGGCCUAGAGAUAUGGGUGGCUCUGGUGGCAAACAGGCCACUCUGCUUAGUCUACACAGGAUUGUAGGGACGAGACAGUUCUGUGGCUACUUCGACCACUCUCUGUAAAAGAAAAAAUGGCACGUGCGAUUUGGAGCGCUUUUCUUUUAUUGGUAGCUUUUGCCACGGGUGGUUUCUUCACGCGGAUGCUUACAACGUAUUUGCAUCAGGAGAAUCAUUAUCAAUUACAGCUAGCCAAAAUUUUGGACGCAAACCAUCGAUCACUUAUUUCCCAUGCCACCAAAGAAUCGCCAUCAUGGAUCACUCAGCCGGGUUUGAACCGGGCAUUUGGUCCGGAAAGUGCGUCAACGGACAACUCAAAUCACGGUACACAUCACUUGCCAUAUCCAGCAAAAACGUCGAUCCCAGCCAGAAUUCUCUGUUGGGUCAUGACUUCACCGACUACUCUAUACACUAGAGCUACUAAUGUGCAAGAAACCUGGGGUCCACGGUGUGACGUUACAUUGUACAUGAGCUCACAGACUGACCCGGAUUUCCCAGCAAUUGGGCUUGACGUGGCCGAAGGUAGAUCCGCCCUGUGGAACAAAACCAAGUCUUCGUUCAGAUACAUCUUCAAACACCAUUUGAACGACGCUGAUUGGUUCAUGAAAGCUGAUGACGACACCUACGUCAUAGUGGAGAACCUCAGACUGUUUCUUCAGGACAAAAACAGCAGCGCGCCGGUUUACUAUGGUCACCGUUUCAGACCGUACAUCCGGCAGGGUUAUAUGAGCGGAGGAGCAGGAUACGUCAUGAGUAAAGAAGCUUUGUCAAGGCUGAUAGCUCAACUGAAAGCUAAGAAGGACUGCGGGGCAUACCAGGGCAUGACAGAGGCUGCGGAGGAUGUUACGCUAGGGCUUUGCAUGAUGAACUCAGGCGUUCUAGCUGGGGAUUCUAGGGAUGAAAAGAACCGAAGUCGAUUUCUGCCCUUUGAUGUGGAAACUUUCUUCAAAAACAGCCAGCCAGAUUGGUAUUUUAAAUUUUCAAAAUAUCGCGUGAAAAAGGGCCGAAGCUGUUGUUCUGAUAGUCUCAUCACUAUUCAUUACGUCAAAGAUCGGACAUCGAUGUUACUGUUGGACUACUACUUACACGGACUGCACGUUGAGCCUUUUGUUAACUCGAAAAAUAUCGUUUCGUGAAUAGUUUAUGUUUACGAUUGAUUGAAAAAAGAAGAAGCCAAGCGCACCUUUUCAUAUCUGCCUCCACCAAUCCAAAUUACUCUAGCACGCCAAAGAGAAUCGGGUUGGGUUGGGGAACAGAUGAAGUGGCACCCCAGAAGUGGUCUACUUUAACUUUGCCGGGUAACGAAGGCAUAACCUUUGAAAUUGAUGGACUUUUAUAGAAUUACCUCUUUCAGGAAUGAUCAUCUUAUCCAAACGUGAGAUCAGAUUUCGUAUGAGAAAUUAAACACAGACUGGAAGAGGGCGGAUCAAGUUGUGAUGUUAUAUCAAUCCGUAAGCCUGUUAUUGUUAACCAUUUUUUUUAUGAAGUAAGAAUAGUUUGUGGCAGUCCAUGUCGAUCGACAUUCCGAUGGUGGUGUUUGACGAACUCUAGAUGGCGCUAUUUAUUUUCACGUAAUUUCUGGCCCUGGGGUUUCCCCACGGGAAAUACCAAGAAGCUCGAAAUGGUAAAUUUUUCUCAAAUUAAUUUUCAGAAAAAAGAUAUACCCCAAUAAUUAUUAUCGAUAAAUUUUCCAAUGUAUUACAUUUUUGGAUUCACAACUUUGAGGGUUGCUUUUAGCAUCGGUCUAUAUCAGAAACAUAGUUCCUCGACACUGACUAAGGUGACGUCACUUACCCAAGAAGGGAAUAUUCUCAACGUUAAUAGUCAUUGUAAUUUCUAUGGCGUAUCUAGUGUGUCAUCUCUACCUACACAGUGCGGUUCAUUUGGUUCUUGUAUUUCCGACGAAGCUGGUUGCUCAGAGAUACACGUUGUUCGUGAAUUACCGACCGCGGUAUUACCACACCAGUUGAUCCAAUUUCUGUUGAAUUCGAUCAUACACCAAUCAUCCAUGGCGACUAUUCAGUUUCUCUCAGCCAUGUUGACCGUAAUGAUUGGCCUCUCUCAGGCCAGUUGUGACCAGACUGGUGACAGGGUCGUUCAGUCUCUCGAGGGCAGAGCAAAAGCAUCGCAAUAUACGGUCUACGGUACUAUCAUCUCUGACCAAAUGCCAACAGCGGGCAAUAAUUCAACAAAGAAAGAGUACAAGGUAGUCGUGGAGCCGCUGUGUUGGCUCAAGCGCGGUAGCGAGUCCGGUAGCAUCAGCGACAGGACAACGGAUGAGGACGGCGGACGCGGGUCAGGCAGCAACAAGACAAGUAAUGCUGAUCACAAGAAUUCGACCCAAGAAGGCACAGGCCUGAACAACAUCACUGUGGCAGAGCACACCUACCCGGGGGACUGCAUCCAUAAUGAUCUCAUAAAGGGCAAGAAAUACAUCUUGUUCCUGCAAAAGCAAACAGGACAGGACCAGUACUCGGUGGAAAAUUUGGAUGAGCAAUCUGGUGUAAUUACACCAGGAGACAUGGCCUUUAAAGAUUUGUACCGCGGCAUUGAUGCUAGCGUGGAUGGUCGUCCAAUAGCCCAUUGUAAGGAAGGAGAAGAAAUACCUUGCUUCGUUGAAAACCGAGAUGCCUGCAAUAAAGGUGUGGUCCAGAGCGUAGCCCUUUUGACCUUGACUGUACUGGUUGUUGUUGCUUUAGCUUUCUGUUAUUAAGAAUUUAUACAGCGAUAAAUUCGAGAAAGCCCAUUGUAUCAAACCAGUGUCGUGUUUAGAAGCAGAAACUUGUGCCGGAAAUUGGGGGGAUAGGGAAAGGUAAGGCUGAAUGACUCGCCCUGCCAUGAACAUUUGAAAAUUUGAUGUUCAUGAUAUCGAUGUACACCUUUAAUUAUGUACUUAGAAUGGCAUGUUUACGGCUUUUUGAAUAUUACUUUUCCUUUUUUGAGUGAUACUGAAUGCGUUUUACUGGGAAGUCGAAAAAAAUCUUCACAACCAACUUUAAAUUUUCGAUCACCUUACCACAAAAGUGUGUGUGUGUGUGUGGGGGGGGAUUCAACAGUCCGCCCCUCCAAAAUGGGGGGGGGGGAAUAUGUCCCCAUACCGGGGAUUUACGCCCAUGGUCGUGUUCCUGUUCGUGACCAGCGAUCAAGUAUCGCUUAAUAUUUCCUUGCCAAUAAAGCAUCCAUGGGUUGACAACUUCACUAACAACUAAAUCUGGCCAUGAGAAGAAAAAUGUAAAUAAUUUUAUGGCUUAAUGGUAAAUGUUGCUUUAGACGUAGUAAUUUUGUCGCUGCUGUUGUGGAAAAAGACGGCGUUCGUAUGCUUGAAUGUGGACACUUUCCGCACAAUGUCAUCCUCGCUUAACAUGAUGAGGUAAGUUUAUCAUUUUAUAAGCAGCAUGGAUUUUUGAUCUGUAAACUUUGAAUUGGGUAGUUUUUACUGCCAGGCGAACAUGGUCGGUACGUCGCUUGUAGUUGAGAAUUUGAUGGGCGAGGGUACAUUCGAAUGAUAGCGGGCGAGUAGUGAAAAGAGCGAUAUUUAUGUGUGUACUUAAACUCCUAAGGACAAAACCAGUACAUGCCCCUUUUUAUCCCAUCAAGCAUUUUCCAAUUUAAAAGGAAGCAUUGUAUUUGUGUUUUCACUCCGUCCAUAUUCACCGAACUCCAAAUAAUUGGGGGAUUGAUUUCUGAUGCUUUUCUCAAUAUUCUUGCUCCAAGAAUAAGUAAAUUUAAGAAAUUAUCGCUGAAUUAAUUAGCGUAGGGUAGGUUCUUUGUUCUGGGGUUUUCAGUGCCAUCAACCUUUUUUAUUAUUGAUAUAGUAUUACAAAAAUAGAAGGAGUCCCUUGCCAAUGUUUUUUUUUGUGUUUUUUUUAAUUGAUGGAAUGCCGUGUUGGUGACAUAAAAUUAACCUCGCCUGAAGCAGAAUGCAUUUCUUGACAAUCCUAAUUAUUGACUAAGUGUAAGUAAUCGGGAACAGUGCCCACUAUUGUGAAUAUCGUCACAUUAUUUUUGCAAAACUGCGUACAGUGAAAGUAGGCCUAUCAUUCACUGUGGAAAUUUAUGCAUGUAUGAUCAUGUGACAAACCGACCGCCAAACUGUUGUCAUGGUUAUGAUUACACACAUUCGACUGAGUAGCGGCAUUUUGCUGUACGGUUCGUAAGUGUAUAUCAUGUGUGUCGAUGUAUCAUGCUGCAUGAUGAAUAGAGACCUUUGUGUUCCUAAUACAGUUAUUGGAGACGGUUGAUGUUGUUAAUGUGGUAGUCAUAUUUUACUUCAAUUUCAGUUCAAGUAUUCAUUUUGCCAAGCAAUGUCUCUUGCUAUUGUGUUAGUAUUCAAAACUGCAUAAGUCGUUUUACAUUUUCUGCCUUGUGUGUGGUAUUCAAUACAAUAGAAAAUACUAAUGUUAUGAA